CAACGCUACGGCUACAUCCACGCGCGGGGUCUGGGCCGUCUGGCGGUCGCGGAUCGUCUAUAGCGUAGCGUCGGCUGGGUCGGAUUUGUGCCUGUGGUUACCCCUUCCUCAAGAAACUUCUCUGAUUCGUAGAGAUUUCGAGUUAUAAAUUCGUAGAGAGCAGCGACAGAAGAAGGAGAGGAGAAAUUUUCUUAUCAGACAAGGAAGAACAAAUGGAAUCAGAGGAUUCAGUGAGAUUGAGAUUGGAGGAAUUGCACAAAGACUUGGGGAAGAAGCAGAAAUUCGAGGAAUCAGUUUCCACCAUCGUUUCGCUUCUUCGAGAUCGCUAUCCUACUGCUUCUCCUUCGCUACGCAAAUCGUUCUACUCCGUAAUAUGCCGAGCUGCGACAGUUCUGAAGACGAGGUUUACAGCCCCAGGGUUUUGGCUUGCUGGUCUCAAGCUUUUCGAGUUUUCUUUGACUCUGCUUUCUGAUCAUUCUGAGAGACAGCACCUGCAGGCUUGCGUAGCUCAGGCCAAGGAAAUUCUGCACCAAAUUGACAAUCCAUCUCAGCCUCCACAAAGUUCUUCAUCGAAUGGAGGCUAUCUUUUUGAGGGCCAUCUCACCGUUGAUCCGGAACCGCCGCAGCCUCAGUGGCUGGUGCAGUCAAACCUCUUGUCGGCCGCUGCAGCUACGCUAUUGAAUGCUGAAUCUUCUCAAGCUCCGGCUGAGAACAACAACACUUCUGAGAACGCUGCUAAUAUUCUUCAAGCACUUAUUGAAAAUAUAGAUAGUGUCGUAGAUGAGUUUAUGGACACGGCUAGCGGACCGCCAAAAGUCCCUCCUGCGAGUAAAGAUGUUGUCGCAAAACUUCCUGUAAUUACUGUAACAGAGGAAGUUCUUGCCAAGCUAGGAAGAGAUGUAGAAUGUGCCAUUUGCAGGGAAAACUUAGCUGUUGAUGAUAAGAUGCAGGAAUUGCCUUGCAAGCACACAUUCCACCCACCUUGUUUGAAGCCGUGGCUGGAUGAGCAUAACUCUUGCCCGAUCUGUCGCCAUGAAUUACCCACUGACGACCAUGCUUACGAGAGCUGGAAGGAGCGAGAGAAAGAGGCCGAAGAAGAGAGAAAAGGAGCUGCAAAUGCUGUUCGUGGUGGUGAAUUUAUGUAUAUUUGAAUGGUAUUUCAAUGUCUUACCAAGUGAUGUACAAUAGGUUAAUUCAUACGUGAUUUUUCUGAGACUUGAUGUUGAAGCUUCAGAUUUUUAGUUAUUCUUUUAUAGUAAGAACUAUAGAAUAUAGUUUUUCAUCUCUGCCUAUAAUGGUACACUAUUUGGUUCCCUUGAUUGGA